AUGCGACAAACCAGGAAACAGGAAGUUCUUUGUCCUCAGUGAAGAGAGACGCACAGACGAUCAGACUGAGUUCAGACCAAACUAGCAGCUUCCUCUGAGUGAGUCCAGCUACAGGAGAGAAAAGUGGAAAACUCCAACACUGCUGCUUCAAGCUGCUGAUGCUCCACACACUGAAUCUUCACUCACAGACUCAAUGGCUUCCAGAUCAGAGGAGGAUCUCUGCUGUCCGGUCUGUCAGGAGGUCUUCAGAGAUCCUGUUAUUCUGUCAUGUAGCCACAGCUUCUGUAAAGACUGUCUGAAGAGAUGGUGGAGAGAGAGACCAACACACGAGUGUCCAGUUUGUAAGAGAAGAUCUUCAAGGAAUGAACCACCUUUAAAUCUGGCUUUAAAGAACCUGUGUGAGUCGUUCUUACAGGAGAGAGAUCAGAGAGCUUCAGAGGCUCUCUGCAGUCUGCACUCUGAGAAACUCAAACUCUUCUGUCUGGACCAUCAGCAGCCAGUGUGUCACAUCUGCAGAGACUCAGAAAAUCACACCAUGCACAGAUUCAGACCCAUCGAUGAAGCUGCACAACAACACAAGAAGGAACUUCAGGAAACUCUGGAGCCCUUAAAGAAGAAGUUAAAGGUUUGUGAAGAAGUUCAAGUGAAGUUUGAUCAAACAGCAGAACACAUUAAGGUCCAGGCCCGACACACAGAGCUGCCCUCUGGAGAUCUGAUAGACCAGGCCAAACACCUGGGCAACCUGACCUUCAACAUCUGGAACAACAUGAAGGACAUGGUCUCCUACACUCCUCUCAUUCUGGACCCAAACACUGCUCAUCCAAUCCUCAUCCUGUCUGAAGACCUGACCAGUGCGAGAGGAGGCGAGAGGCGGCAGCUUCCUGAUAAUCCAGAGAGGUUUGAUUGUUCCUGCUCUGUCCUGGGCUCUGAGGGCUUUAACUCAGGGACUCACAGCUGGGAUGUUGAUGUUGGAGACAGUACAGUGUGGGCAAUGGGUGUGUUAGCAGAGUCUGUGCAGAGGAAGGGAAGUAUACUGUUUGGAUUAUGGGGAAUAGCAUUCUCCGAAGGUAAAUACUCAGCAUGGUCACCAUCAGCUCUUCUCACUACUCUCUCCGUCCAGAAGAAGCUCCAGAGGAUCAGAGUGAAUCUGGACUGGAACAGAGGACAGCUGUCGUUCUCUGAUCCUGAUACUAACACACACAUACACACCUUCACACACACUUUCACUCACAGGAUGUUUCCAUACAUUGACACUGUUGGUAAAGUGAAGGUGUGUCCGUUGAAGGUGUCAGUGUCAGUGGAGCAGAUGAGUUGAGGAUGAUGAUGUUUCUAAUGUUGUUUCCUGUCAGUGAAUUGAAGCUGUUAAACUGCAGCUGUCCUCCUGCUGCCUCGUUGUUCCAAAGCUCUUUGU